UCAGCCCAUGCGAAUUCUGAAGAUGAAAGCGUGAGCUGAAACGUGAAUACGUUUUCGUUUUUUUGUCAUAGCCUACGACUUGUGUGGUAGCCACGACUCCGUAUAGUUUUUGCGGGGACACCUUUGACUUUUCAAUUACUUCGGCCAUCGGAACGCUUGGAGGAAGAAAGUCCCCCACUUGAGGGCGAGAUCAGACUUCGGUGGACGGCAAGUUCGGGAACGUCAGGAUAAGGGUCUGCCACAUACAACAUGCAGAAAUGUCCGGGGAGGCAGAGUUGGAUGUGAGAGGCGGUGUGGUGUCGAGAGAGCGAGAGCAAGAGCCAGAGAGGGCACGCCAGUCCACGGCCAGAGCCAGCAGCAGCAGCAGCAGCAGCGGCGGCGGCGGCGGCGGCGGCGCAGGCGAAAGCUCCAUGCAGUUCAGCACCAGACCGGCUAGUGUGGAGCCGGGCUUCAUGGGGACAUGGCAGCAGCAGAGCACUGACAGCAACCUCCUCUUCAGGAUGUCCCAGCAGGCCAUUCGCUGCACUCUGGUCAACUGCACCUGUGAGUGUUUCCAGCCGGGGAAGAUUCACCUACGAACAUGCGACCAGUGCAAGCACGGAUGGGUCGCUCAUGCCCUAGACAAGCUGAGCACGCAGCACCUGUACCACCCGACGCAGGUGGAGAUCGUGCAGUCCAACGUGGUGUUCGACAUCAGCAGCCUGAUGCUGUACGGGACGCAGGCGGUGCCGGUGCGGCUCAAGAUCCUGCUGGACCGCCUCUUCAGCGUGCUCAAGCAGGAGGAGGUGCUGCACAUCCUGCACGGCCUCGGCUGGACGCUGCGCGACUACGUCAGGGGAUACAUCCUGCAGGAUGCUGCAGGCAAGGUGCUGGACCGCUGGAGCAUCAUGUCGCGGGAAGAGGAGAUUAUCACCCUCCAGCAGUUCCUGCGUUUUGGCGAGACCAAGUCCAUCGUGGAGCUGAUGGCCAUCCAGGAGAAGGAGGGACAGGCCGUCACCGUGCCCUCGGCCAAGACCGACUCGGGCAUCCGGACGUUCAUCGAGAGCAACAACCGCACGCGCAGUCCCGGCCUGCUCACGCACCUGGAGACCAGCAGCCCCUCCAGCAUCCACCACUUUGAGAACAUCCCCAACAGCCUGGCCUUCCUGCUGCCCUUCCAGUACAUCAACCCAGUCUCGGCGCCGCUGCUGGGUCUCCCGCCCAACGGCCUGGCCCUCGAGCAGAACCUGCGCCUGCGCGAGCCCAGCCUGCCCAACCAGGCCGAGCCGGUGGACACCAGCGAGUCCGAGGUGUCCCUCUCGCCGUUCCGCAGCGGCCAGAGCCCCACCAGAGGCAACCUCGGGCAGCUGCCCAGCAACAUCGAGCCCAAGACGGAGCCCAACAACUCCUCGCCCAUCUCCCCAACUCCCUCCUCCACACACCAACAGCAGCCACACACCCCGCAGCAGCAGCAGCAGCAGCAGCAGCAGCACCAACAGCAGCAGCAGCAGUCGCAGCAUCAGCACCAGCACCAGCAGCUGCCGCAGGGCAACAGCAUGAGCGAGCAUCACCACUUUGUGAAGAACGACCAGUCCAAGAGCAUCACGCACUCGUCCUUCUCCUCCAAGAUGCACCGCAUGCGCCGCAUGGGCUCCACGUCGCGCAAGGGCCGCGUCUGCUGCAACGCCUGCGGCAAGACCUUCUACGACAAGGGCACGCUGAAGAUCCACUACAACGCCGUGCACCUGAAGAUCAAGCACCGCUGCACCAUCGAGGGCUGCAACAUGGUCUUCAGCUCGCUGCGCAGCCGCAACCGCCACAGCGCCAACCCCAACCCGCGGCUGCACAUGCCCAUGCUGCGGAACAACCGCGACAAGGACCUCAUCCGCUCCACCCCGGGCCCCGGCACGCCCGUCAUCUCCAGCGCCAAGAGCGGCUUCCACCUCACCAGCCCCGGGAGGCCCCCGCUGGGCUUCGCCACCCCGCCGCCGCUGGACAACAUGCUCCAGUCGCCCCUGCAGAGCCCGCUGGUCUUCCCCUCGCUGAAGUCCGUGCAGCCCGUGCAGCCCGUGCCGCCCUUCUACCGCACGCUGCUGUCGCCCGCCGACCUGGUGAGCCCUCCCGUGUCUCUGCCCACCAGCCCCAUCCUGCCCACCGCCGCCACCAACAGCGCCACCUCCCUGAUGGAGCAGCAGCAGCAGCACCUGCUGGCCACCAGCGUCCACAACGCCCACAGCGCCCACAUGGCGGAGAUCACCAGCCAGAUGGCGCACCGGCUGCCCCCCACGCCGAGCGCCCAGGAGUCGGGCACCUCGGCCUCCACCGCCGCCGCCGUUGCUACCACCGACCCGGCGCCCAAGAAGAAGCCUCGCAAGUCCAGCAUGCCCGUGAAGAUCGAGAAGGAGGUGAUCGACGUGGCGGACGAGUACGACGACAAGGACGAGGACGACGACGACAGCUGCCACCAUCACCACCACCACCACCAACACCAACACCACCAGCACCAACACCACCACCGCGGCGGCGCGCACCUCCACAACAACGUCAACGGCAACUGCAACAACAACAACAACAGCGGCAACGGGCACCACAGCGGGGACAGCGGGCACCAGUCGCCCUCUCAGGACGAGAUGAGCCCCAGCCUGGCGCUGAGGGGCAUGAUGCGCUCCGACCGGGACGGGUGCCCGCGCGGCACAGGCGGCGGGUCGGGCGGAGGAGGGGACGGAGGAGAGCUCCGGUGCAUGGACAGCUACACCUCCGAGGACCAGGACCACGAGCGCGACUUCGAGAACGAGUCCGAGACCUCCGAGUCCAAGAUGUUCUACCGCGACGAGAUGAUGGACACGGACGAGCAUCGAGGCGGGUCAACGGGGGGCAACGGCGAGGGCAGCCUGCACAAAGAGCAGCACGACGAGCGAGAGCACGGCGAGGAGGAGGAGGAGGGCCAACUGAGGAAGGACAUGGAGGAGAAGAGCCGCUCCUCUCCCUCCCCCCACCAGCCCGUCAUCAAGAUCAAGGAGGAGCUCAACGACCCCACCUACGACAUGUUCUGCAUGAGCCAGUACGGCCUGUACAACGGCAACAUGGCCGCCGCUGCCGCCGCCGCCGCCAGCAUGGCCGCCCUGCACGAGAGCUUCAUCUCCUCCAUCGGCUACGGCUCCAGCCCGCCCAAGUUCUCUUCGCACUCGCACUCGCACCCGCACUCGCCCGACGGCGACCUGUGCUCCAGCCCCGACCCCAAGAUCUGCUACGUGUGCAAGAAGAGCUUCAAGAGCUCCUACAGCGUCAAGCUGCACUACAAGAACGUGCACCUCAAAGAGAUGCACGUGUGCACUGUGUCCGGCUGCAACGCCGCCUUCCCCUCCCGACGCAGCAGAGACAGGCACAGCUCCAACAUCAACCUUCACCGAAAACUGCUGACCAAAGAGCUGGACGACAUCGUUCUGGACCCCCAGCUCAUCCCAAUGCCCAAGGACCUGCGCGCCGAGUUCCUGGCCAAGAUCUACGGGGCCGGCGGCGUCCACCACCACCACCUUGGCCUGGAGGCCCUGGGGGCCGGCGCAGGGGGGCUGCUGCACCGCGGCCUGAUGGGCCGCGACGACGACGACACCGGCUCCCCCGCCGGCACCGACUACUCCAACAGCAACGGCGGCUACUACCGCGGCCCGGGCGACGACUACAUGGUGCUGGACCUGAGCACCGCCUCCAGCGUGCAGUCCAGCGGCAGCGUCCACUCCUCGCGCGAGUCCGACGAGGGCAGCGACGAGGGCAUCCUGCUGGACGACCUGGAGGGAGCCAGCGACGGCGAGGACUGCAGCCCCGACGCCGCCGAGGCCCAGGGCCAGGCCGGCACCGGGGGGGACGGAAGUGACGGAGCAGGAGGAGGAGGAGGAGGAGGAGGAGGAGGGGAAGGAGGAAGAGGAGGAGGAGGAAGGGUAGAGGUGGAGGGGCCCGUGUCCAGCGACCCCUCCUCCUCGCCCUCUCUCCUGGCCUCCAGUGGGGGCAGUGGCGGCGGUGGUGGUGGGGGCAUCCUCUGCACCAUCUGCCACAAAAUGUACAGCAACAAAGGGACCCUGCGGGUGCACUACAAGACUGUCCACCUGCGGGAGAUGCACAAGUGCAAAGUGCCUGGCUGCAACAUGAUGUUCUCCUCAGUCCGCAGCCGCAACAGGCACAGCCAGAACCCCAACCUCCACAAAAACGCCCCCUUCGCCACCAUGAUGGACUAGCCCAGCCAGAACCCCAACCUCCACAAACCCCCCCCCCCUCGCCACCAUGAUGGACUAGCCCGACUCGUCCUCCUCUCUCUCCCUUCCCUUCCCUUCAUGUCCCCCUCAUCCAGACACUACCCUCUUCCUGACAACCCUCAUACACACACACACACACACACACACACAUAUAAAAAAAAACAAAAUUAAAAAAAAGUCCAGCCCUCAGUGACUCGGGUGCCCAUGUUGCCUGUCAGAAAAACAACAGCACUACCACAUCAUGUUUGGUUUUGAAUUCCUCGGUGGUCACCUAUGAACAUGAGCAGACAUUGAAGUUCUCGGAGAGUUGUGCCCGCUGACAUUUCCUUCUUUGGAAGAAUCGGAUGAGACUUUUGGGAGCAGAGUCCCUUUAACCCCAGGAUGGCUCCAGUCCCUUCUUCACUCUGACAGAAUCCCCCAUCCCUCGUCUUAACUUAGUCCAUCUCCAAAGAAUCUAUUCAAACUCUUAUUUGUGACUGUUGCCUGCAGAAAUGAUAAUAAUGGAACAAAUUAAAUCUUCUUGUUGUAUUGGUGUAAUGAUAGCUUUUAAAAGAACCCCUUACCAGAGCAUGAUCAGCUUCAUGUGUAAAUAAUGUCCUUAAAGACUUUUGGUGUAAAACAAUUGUAUUGAUGGUUGUUGGCUUUUUUUGUUUUUAUGUUACAGUACAAUACUUCCAGCUCUAAGGUAGGCAAGAAAGAGGUAGCAUCUUAAUAGCUUGAUUCAUUUAUGUUAGCUUAAAAACAUUUUAACUGAGAACAAAAAAAAAAUCAUGUGACUUGUUUUAUCUACUUGUUAGAUAUGCAGAGGUGGCCGGCAUGCUUUUGGUCUCCUAAUCAAAUAUUUUUCUUCCUUAUUUCUCAUUUUUGUUAAGUUUAUCGCUUUAGUGUACAAUUUUGUUUUGCACUUUGCAAUUAUACAUGGGGGAUGUGUAAUAUUCUUAGAAGGAAAACACUUUGCAGUGCUGGGUCUUUUCAGAUGACAUUGAUGCAUUUGUCAUGGCUACAGUGCCAAGGGGAAAAUACUGUAUGGACCUUUAGCAUAAAUGUGCUGGCUUUGCACACACACAGGUUCAGCUACAGACCUUAUUUCACACAUGAAAACCCAUAUGUGAAUGGAGUAACCCCAGUCUCCUGACCAUAACGUGUAUUGAGUGUUUCGUAAACUUAAAAGUGUUUUCCUCGGCAGGAUAUGGGACUGAACAUGAACUGCCAGAUUUAGACUCUGAAGACAAGUAUUACAGAAUCGGAUUCUGUUUAAAGAAAAAGGGGCAAAGCUAUGUAUGGCUGUAAAGGACUUAACCAAGAAUUAGUUCAACAGAAUUGUAGGCGAGUCUUUCUACUGCAUGUGGUGUUUGUUACCUGCAAAAGGUUAUCGUAUGAAAGUUAGUGAAUGUCCCGUAAUUAGUUUUGUCUCUCAAAAUUGAUUUCAUGAACAAAGAAAUGUCCAUUUCAAGGUAUUCUGUGAAUGCAACAAAAGAGUAGUUUUAACUGUGACCAAAACCAGAAGCAGUGUUGAGUUUUGUUUUUGUUUGUUUUUUGUUUUUUUGGUCAGUGUACACAGACACUGAUAUCCUGCUAAAAGGUAUGAUGCACUUGAGUCUUAAGAUUAUUCUGGGUUUUCCUUUCAGUCCAAAUUGCAACAUUUCUGCAAAACGUUGACAUUGCCAAGCCUGUGUGUUUGUAUGCUAGUGGGUGAGAAUGUGCAUAAUGCAUUCUGUGGCCAAGGCAGUACACCACAAACCAUAAGUAAAUAAGGUACACAUUUGACCCCAUUAGCUUAAGGAGAGAGAGAGAGAAGUAUUUAUUUACAGGCCCACACGUCCUGUUGUGCUGUCCAGCCUGGGUUUAAAUUUCUGAAAUGAUCAAUCUCUCCGUCUCUUUCCCUUACUGGUAAAUAAUAAUACUGUUUGUUUGCGUGGGACUGAGACACGAAAGACUGAAAAACAGUUGAAAUUCAACCUUACAAACUGGCGCAUCUGCCUGGAUACUGGCCAAUAGCUCUCAUCUUUUCACAUACUUCCUCAGCGCAUCCAGACUCUUCAAGAAGUACAAAAGGAAACAGCUAUAGAUCCCCUGAUUGGCUGCCAUCUCCCCUUCCCCUCGUCCAGUGUGACAGCAGCACUUCUCCCUUGUUUUUUCUGAGAGUAAGCUGAUGAAGAGUGAGGCAGAGAGAAAGAGGAUGGAGGCGAAAGAGAGAGAGAGGGAGAGAGAGAGAGAGAGAGAGAGAGGGCGUCUGCUGUGCCAUGGGGGGGUGGGGGAUGACAGCGAGCAUCAUUAAAAAUGUGCUGCUACACAGUACCUGGAGGCAUCCGUUCAAUUCCGCUGCUGAUCUGUCUAAUAACUCACUUGUCACUUCAUUACAUUCAAAGAUGUGAAUGUUGCUGACAAGACUGUGACACGGAGAGAUCCAACCCCACUCCUCCCUCCCUCCCCCCCUCUCUUCCUCUUCCUUUUACUUUCUGCUGCCAUGCCUAGAAGCCUUCUUUCUCUUUCUC